AUGUCUGUGACCGUUACACUUAAUCUUAUUCAACAAAGUCUUACUAUUGUAUUGGGAGUUCUUCUUGUUAUUGGUGUCUUUGGAAAUAUAUUCAAUUGUCUUGUAUUUCUUCGAAAACGAUUACGUUCUAAUGCAUGUUCAGUCUUCUUUGCUGCUGCUUCAAUUGCUAAUAUGACCGUUAUGAUUUAUUAUAUUAUUCCAACCAUUCAUUCAGUUUAUAAUUCACCACCAGAAAAUGAAAAUCUUGUUUAUUGUAAACUUCGUU